CGGCUGUAGUGACGACUGCGCCUUUGUCGGACCCAGGUUGAGGGACGGCUGAUGUGUAUCCACCAUGGACUCGCUCAUAUUUAGAUUCGUGUUUAGCCUAGGUUCGCGUUUGUUCAUUUGUUCGCGCAACUGCGUCUGAAGGGCUUGUUUGGCAGCGGGAGGAGCCACAUAACGGUUAAUGGAGGUUGUCCCCAUGUGCCAGGCCUCGAUUGAUCCCCUGGCAAUGCGGUCGUUUCCUCGGCCCAGAUUUUCGGCCUUCUGGAAGGCGAACGUGUGUCCGGAAUCGGUGCAGUGUUCUACCACCAAAGACAAAGCGUCCAUUCGCCUUAUUGCCCUCAUAUGUUCUCCAACACGGGUCUGUAGUCGUUUUCCGGUCUCCACAAUGUAGUUGACUUCGCAGGAGUUACACUGAAUCCCGCAGAUGACGUUCGUGGUUUCAUCUCGUGGCAGAGGGGCCUUAGGUCUCAUGACCAGAUGUCGAAUUGUUGACUCCGGUUGGUGGGCGAUGCCGAUCCCCAGCGGUCUUAAGAGACGGGAGUCCGCCUCAGAAACGCAGUCGAUGUAUGGAAGCGCCCACCAUAUUUUUGGCUGUUCUGUCACCAAACGUCAGCUUGGUCCGGCCUGUUUGUCGUGUUAGAUGAAAUUGCGAGGAUACCCCUUAGCCAUGAAGAGGCGCUGGAGGUAGCGUGGUUCUGACCUUCUGUCGUCCGGCUCGCUGCAGUGUGUUUCUGUCAUUCUGUAGAGUGUUCGCACACAACUGCGUAACGGAUGCUUACCGCGGUAGCUCAGGAUUUGGCGUGUGGUCGUGACCUUCCUAUAUGCCGUCGUUUAUAGGUGCCCAUUGGGUUUUCGAUGGACGAGAACGUCCAGGAAAAGCAGUUAUUGUUGAUUUCCGCUUCCAUUGUGAACUGGAUGUCAGGGAGAACAGAGUUCAGGACAUCAUGGGAUUCUUGGACUCGAUGUAUCGAUGAUACCUUCGUUAUCAUUAAGCGGGACAUAAUCCAAGGCCCGGGAAGUACGGUAUAAUACGUUUGCCAUGCACACUUCAUACUACUUGUGGUACUAUUUGUUUGUAGAAUGGGCAUUACGUGGUUAUUCCGCGGUAGUUGAUUGUCUUCGACUCGAAUGUCCAUUAAAAUCUCGGGUCUGACUCUAAAAGGUCAUGUCCCGGAGACUUAACCCCAUGUCCUGCACUGAAUAAUUUCUGAAUUUAUUCGCUUGAUAUAUAUUAGCAGCGAGGACUCUGUCUCAACCCGUAUACAUGAGCAUCAGUUAGCGGUGAAGAGACUUGACCAUCUAUCCCAGGUGGCCAUGCACACACUAGACACUGGGCAUAAAUUCGCAUGAGAGAACACUCGCAUUGUUGGCGCCUGCCAAACAAGAAGAGGCCGCGAAUUCCUGGAGGCAAUGCACUCAGAUGAGGCAUGCAUCAACCGGCAUAUCGAUUUAAAUGCCACAUACAAAAUCGUUAAGGAUAGAUUCAAACUGAGUCAGCCAAUCCCGAGAUGACAAUCUUAACCAAUCAUGGACUCCUUUUGCUAGACUCAGUCUGAAAGUUAAUUGUUUUUGCACACCCGUUGUCUGAAGACGAGCUGGGGAACCAGUCUCGAAAAUUCACAAUACAAUUUUGCUGUUUCCCAAAGAACUUCACCUUUCUUAAUAUAUUGUUAUAUAUAUAUAUUGUUAUACAUGAGCGCCCACCGAUCAGGUUACGGAACAUGCUUGUCCCGUUGUGCCUUGGGGCUCAUACUAGCACCCUCGCAGGCAGUACAUACAUAGUGGAAGAGGCGCGUGCACCAAUCGCAUUACGGAACUUACCUGUUCCGCUGUGUCUUGGGGCUCAUCUAGCUGUAUUACGCUCCGCCGUGCGGCCGCUGGCGGGGCUCGAGAGAGAGCCCCAAGACAGAACGGGACCAGUGAAUUUCGUAACGCGAUCGGUGAGCGUCCCUCUGCCAUUACGCACUUUUGUAAGCCAAUUUAUUCCCAAGUAAAUCCAGCUUUCCUAUUUCCUCGUUACAGGUAGCACCCCAGAUUGCGCACUUAGGCAGUAUACCGGUGCCUAUGUAGAAUCCCUUUGCACUUUUCGCCUCUCUUGUAAUGGGCUGAACCUUCCUUUAAAAUCGAUCUCCACGUUUUCAUUGGCAGCCUGCCUUGUCGUCGAGCGCCUCAAUGAGUACCAACACACUCCACCCCGGCACUGUUUAAGACUCCCAAUUAGUGAUGAUAUUGUUGGUAACAAGAGCCUAUACUUUGACAGUCUUAUCGUUAUAUGUCGAUUUUCGUUUCGAUGAGGAGGAGAGGGGGAGUUGGGUAUCAAAGUACAUCUUAGUUUUCUGGUUUUUAUGGUACCACUUUUGCUACUUUUCCUCCCAGACAUCUCACAGAGUGGUCAUCGGACUUUAGUGUGGCUUCCCUCACCCUGCCCUGGGAGACCUGUGCAAACCUCUAUUCCUGCCUGUCUCAAGUGACCCGUCGCCUUCCGCCAAGCGCGCGUUUAGGAACGGAUGCUAUGCUGGGCUUCACGGUAACCCAUGUCAUGCUUACUGCUGUCAAUUUUCCCGUUUUUUGUAUUUCUGGAGAAGGGUGCCAUUGAUCUACUUCCGGAUUCAGCAAUCGCGACAGGCCUUUCAGUCAGUCAUCUCUCUUCGAAUUUCCAAUGUUUCUUUGUGUUCUCGUUAGUAAAGGCUACACGGAUGAGUAUAAUAUAUCAGCAGCUCUUGCGGCAGACACCUAGAAAGCCAUCUCGUUUCAGAAAGGACCUCAUACACGGAGGUAUUUCAAUGCUAGAAACUAUUGAAUGUGAUGUACCUUAAUGCUUAAUCGACUGGGCCACGCGACUUGUUGGCAAUAAAACCUUGGCGUUAUAGCUGUUAGUCGCCCCCUAGAUCGCGUGCCUGUAUCUGAGCCCUCGGCAUCACGUGACCACGGGUUUUUUCAAUCGGGCUACCUUUCCGUCUUACGCCACUAGUCCCAUGGGAACUCCCGUUUACUUGAUUGCUUGUUACUGCAUCUGUCACUACCGUCUUAACCAGCUGUGCAUUGCAAACCAACCCCGGGAGUAAUCGUCUUCUAUUGCAGUCGGGCGGCAGCAGAUUUCCCAGUGAAGUUGUGCCAGUUAGCAUUUAGACAGUAGACCGGGGGUAAGAAGUGCGCUCGAGAACAGCUUUCACCACCCAAACGCAUGUUUUUAAUCGGCCACCGUGCGCCCUCGAGAUGAAAUGUCACCUUGGACGGUUACGCAUUUACAUCUGGCAACACAUUUCGGCCGGCGACUAAUGCGAUGCAGAUGUCCAGGUGCGCUUGGCAGCCGGUGAGACGUACUCAAUGAACGCGGCUGGACGCGCCGCGGUGACCGAUCACUUCUGAGUGCAAAUUUAUUUUUUAUGCCCCAUUUGAAGAUUAUCUCAGUAUAGGCUUCGUACACUCGGAGUAUUUUAAGUGAUCCUACAGGUUUCAGAGGGUUCGAUGGGGUCAAACGUAAGUUGCACACCUGUAUGUCCUGAGUUCCAGUUUCUCUCCAGUUUUCCCGUUUGGCGAUGCUUCUCAAUACGGAGCAGUCUCCGACCAAUCGGUUUAUUUUAUUCUCUUCGCCAAUUGCAAAACCGAGUGCUAAAAGUCCACGAACCACCCCUAGACCUUGACAAACUGUUGUUCCGUGUUUCGACUGACUCCUUCCAAGCCACAUCCAAUGAUCCGAGGGCCUUAGAUUCACGACCGGAGGACUGAGUCUCUCGGGGAAGUGACUGAAAAUGUGCUAAACACAUCCAGACGCUAUUUGACUAUCUCGUUUCAUUCAAGAUGGGAUUUACUUGGAGAAUUUGUCUCAGCUGUUUUUCUAAAAAAACCUUUAGUUUCCGCUUGUCUUCCAGGUACAGAGUCCGGAUUUUACGUCCAACCACAUAUACGCCUAGCACGUUCUGUAUGUUUAUCAGGUGACCUCUUGGGCACCCUCAAAUGUCAACAGAAAGCUUGUGGUGUGUACUCGGGCAAUAACAGUCGUCCCCUAUGCUGUCCAGUCGACAGUCUCUUGGUCCUAUUAUGCUUAGAAUUGUCCCUUCAGGUUGAUAACACUAAUCACAAGGGGUUACAUGUCCAAAUCGAGGCAACAUUUCGAAAAAAUUUAAUUUUUUCCCCUCUUCGGGCGAAUUCUCUUGGCAUGUAUAUUCACGCACGAAACAGAUGUGUCCCCACGCAGCCUUAUAUAGAAGACAGGAAGGCUAUCGCUUGGACCAAUUGUUUAUUUUUUCGACGUUUCGAACUCUCACAUGAGCCCAUCCCUCUCUUGGGGAUGUGAUAAAUUGUACAGUCUUUCAUUCCGCGACAAUGGGCUCCUGUGGUAAUCCGAAACGUCGGAUAAAUAAACAAUUGGUCCCAGGAAUCACCUUCCCAUCUUCUUCUACUCAAUUAUCCGGGCCACGCGUAUUCUCUAUCUUUCGGAAUAGUCUUGUGUUUACUCCUAUUUCUGACUUUUAGGUAGGAGGCAUUCCUCUCUCCGAAUGA